UUUUCCUCGAUUGACUGUUUGUCGGUCACAACAACAACAUUAAUUUAUUUAUAUUUGUACUCCGAAAUAGACAGAAGAUUGUUUAAUUUCACUUUAGCGAUGGCGAGUUUGGAUGAAAAGUGGAAAGCUUUUGUCAAGUUUAAGUCUGUUGUGGUAGAUCGUGAAAGAGAUGUUGUUCGAGUGACAAAAGAACUGUAUGAUCUUCAUAGCAACAGAGAACAACUCAGGGGUGUAACAAGUAGUUGCGACUAUCGCUUGACGAUACCAUUUGCCCCCCAUCAUUUUGGCUCAGGCAAAACGACCUUUGCCCGAACCUAUUUGGAGUUGGUGCAAAGGUUUGGUGAAACUUCCCUGUCGACGUUUGCUUUGGACCCUUUGAGAAGAACCUUUUUGGAGAAGCUGAAAAGGGCUUCGUUGCUCUUUGUGGAUUUGAGGAAGUUGAAGCCCACAGACCCGAAAGAACGCAACCUAAAGUGGGCAGUCUACUAUUUAUUGUACCAAUCAGCUUGUAAUCAGAUGGGUCUACCGUUUAUGAAGCCUGAUGAAGCCUACAGACACAUUCCUCCCUAUCCAAGCUUUCUAAUUCCGGAGCUACGGAAGACUUUGGGCAUUCCUUCCGAUCAAUAUCUUCUGAUAGCUUUUGAUGAAGUUGGUGUCCUAGACGAAAGUCUCGACGAAUUUCAUUUCAAGAGAACCCAUGACGGUAGAGUUCGACCAUACAACGACUUUAUCGGUAUCAUUAGUCAAUUGUGCAAAGAACCCGAUUUGUUUUUUAUAGUUGUUGGGAAAAGCAAGGGUUUAAGUAUUAAGAAUGAUGUGGCUUUCGGGCUAUCGAGAGUUAUACUACAUUUUAUUUCUUUAUCACCUUUGGACGCUUCCAGUAUCGUUGAAUUCCUUGAAAAGACUCUUCUUGAAACACCUACUCAAGUUCCAGUUUGUAAUGUCUUAUGUAGUUCUUCAUUUUCAGUAAAUGAAUUGGCAGAUUCGUUAUUGGAAUGUACAGGUGGAGUUCCUGGUUUGUUGACUCGUGCAGUGAAUAUGCUUUUGAAUUAUAUAAUAGCAAGAAAUCAGCCUUUCAUAUCGAAAGAAGAAUGUUUGACAUGUAUGAACGACGACGAUUUCCUAAGAAUUUGUGCUGAACCAUUUGUGGAACGAAUAUUGAAUUUGGACGAAGAUAGAAAAAGUGUUUUUGAUAUACUUUUGAUGAUGGCACUUUAUCGUAUACCGUUUCAAGUAGAUGACAUAUUGACCUCGGAGUCCUUUUUAUAUGAUGCCGUAACUGAAAUGGGACUAUAUCGGGACCCUUCCAUAUCUUCUUUGGAAAAGAUACUUCUUGGAUCACUUGAUGUCGAACCAGUAGAUUGUUUCUUUUAUUCAAAGUGUCGUGUAUUUGAAGGAAUUGUUGCUUUACGACUAGUUUUGAUGUUGCCUUCAAAGAAUCGAAAUGAGUUGAGGGAAUUGUUGUGUCAAUUGUCUCCAAUAUGGAAACAAAUGAAACUUCCAAUCAGUACAAUAUCACCUAUUCACUAUAUGAAGUCUGUUGUUAGUUCUAGAGAAACAAGAAAUGAAUCGAACAAGAGUCGAAGAACUUUUGCCAGUACUGAAUGGAAUAAGAUUAUUCGAGAGACACUUUAUUUAGAGACUAUUUACAUUCCAGUGGACGCUACUUCUCAUAGUCCUGAUAUUAUAUUCAAAUUACAAUCUCCUGUGGAACCCAAAGUUCUUACUGUUGGAGUUGCUUGUAAAGGACGCUGGAAGUCAGAAGGAAUUGGCUGGUCAGAUAUUAUAGAUGAAGCCAAGAAAUUUUUAGAUCCUGUUUAUGAUCAAGUCUUAUCCAGUGCAAUGGAUUAUCAUCAUUGUAUGCUUAUUAUCGUUAGUACAAAGUUAUCAUUGAAUGUUUCUAAUGAGUUGGGUAAUCAGAGUCGUUGUUACUCCAGUGGAAUGUUUAUUGGAAAUGAUUCAUUCAAAGUACCUGAUAAUUGUGAACUUGUUAUUCUUUGUGAAAGAGAUGUCCAAAUGCUGAUUGACAAAGAAAUAUUGAAUGGACUUGAAAGAGCAUUUUGUGUUUCUCAUAAUCCUACUUUUUGGGAUUUUGGAUUAGAUUUACUUGAUAGAAUCCGUAACAGUUUCUUAAGUUGGCAAUAGAUUCUAACUCAGUCCUUCCUUUUGUUUUGAAGAGCAAGUAAACUUUUUUUUGUAUGU